AUGUCGGGAAUAAAUCCAUCCGUCGACCGCGUAUCUAAGACCACUCCUGUAAAUACAGAUGCUGUUGGUACACCAACUGCUACCGAUAAAUAUGAUAACUCGCGUCAUUUAAACUAUGGUCAAACGGAAAAUCAAAAGAAAACGGACGUCUCAAAGUCUAAAAAAAAUCAUGAAAAGAAGGAGGAAGAAAGACCUGAACUUGAUCGUAGAUACGCUUCGAGUUCAGAUUCUGCACCAACAUUGCACCGUACGUUUUUUGAAGAGUUUCUGGGUGGUGUUACUGAAUACGAUUCCGCUGCGGGACAUGCCUUUUGCCCAAAAUGUGGUUAUGUCGUCGAAGAAAGUAAGAUUGUUGCUGAAGUCACAUUCGGAGAAAGCGCGUCGGGCGCUGCUAUCCUGCAAGGGGCAUAUGUUGGUGCUGACCAAAGACGUGCGAGAACUGCCGGUCCCUAUAGAAGGCAUUCUAGUUUAGAUUCAAGAGAACAAACUAUCGCUAACGGGAGACGUCAAAUUCAAGCACUUGCUACUGCUCUGCGUCUCUCAGAUCAUUUAAUGGAAGCUGCACAACGAUACUUUAAUCUCGCGAUUACUAAUAAUUUCAUUCAAGGUCGAAAGACUCAACAUGUCAUUGCAGCUUGUCUAUACAUUGUAUGUCGUACUGAAAAAACAUGUCAUAUGUUGAUUGAUUUUUCCGACAUUCUGCAAGUUAAUGUCUUUACACUUGGUUCAACUUUCUUAAAAUUGGUGAAUACGCUUCACCUUGUACUUCCGUUGAUCGAUCCGUCCAUAUAUAUUACAAGAUUUGCUUCUAUGUUGGAAUUUGGUGAAGAAACAGGCCGUGUUGCUAAUGAUGCUGCUAGGCUUUGUCAACGCAUGGAACGCGAUUGGAUGCAAACAG